AUGUAUUCCACCCAGCCCAACGGCGCUGAGGGUGCGACCAUCAAUCCCGCAACUAUCAACCCUGCCGCCCUCAACCCAGCAACUUCCCGAGGCUUGAAGCGGAGUCGCUCCCCCGACACCUAUCAAGACGCCGCGGCAUCUGAAACCCUUGGGGACGAUGGUAAGUCUCACCCUCCGGCUAGCUCUGCGUGCCUUGCUUGCGCCCCAUGUUACUUGUGUAGCGCUACUCCUACGACUCGACAUCCCUCACCCAUACCACCCCGGACUCCUCAGACGCAGACAGAACCGAUACCUGGACAGCCACCACCAGGUAACUACACUCCUGUUCAGGCGUCCCCUCCUCCGAAGGUUACGCCAAAGUCAACGUUAAAGGCUCUUCCAACCGUUCGUGAUCACACUACUGAUCAGCUUGGCCCCGGUGGCGAUGAGUACAUGCCACGAGAGACGGACGAGGCUGGAGAGAAGAAGGUUAUGGCAAAUGGCCAGCUACUAGGUGGACGCGAAUAUCGAUGUCGAACUUUUCUCGUUCCACACCGGGGUGAUAAGCUGUUUAUGCUCGCCACGGAAUGUGCAAGGGUCCUUGGAUACCGCGACUCGUAUCUGCUAUUCAAUAAAAAUAGGUCACUCUACAAGAUAAUCGCCAACCAGGUGGAAAAGGAUGAUCUUGUUCAACAGGAAAUUUUGCCCUUUUCGUAUCGCUCCAGGCAAAUCGCCAUUGUCACAGCGCGAUCCAUGUUCCGACAGUUUGGCAGUCGCGUCAUCACUAAUGGUAGGAGGGUUCGCGACGACUAUUGGGAGGGUAAGGCAAGAAAACAAGGAUUUACUGAGGCUGAUAUGGCCGGUGAGAAGAGGCCAGGUGCGGCCAAGGCCAGAGAAGCGGCAGCUGAGGCCAAUGCUGUCAGCGGUAUCGGGUCGCUUCAGGGAGGGCCUCAGGGUGAGAUUGUCUACGCGAAUCCCCACCAGUUUGGUGGCGCUCCGCAGCCUCUUGUGCAACCAGGUAUGAUGGGAACGCCAGGAACUUCGACAAGAAUGCCUAUGAUAACAGUUGGACCAGAUCUGAAUGAUGCAAGGACACGAGAUUAUAGCAACUUCAUUAAGAGCGGACCUCGUCAAGAAAUUGCAGGUCCGGCCUACCAGGACAGGACACAGCCCACGCCGAUCAGUGAAAUACACCAGCAGGCCCAUCAUGCUGCCGAGUACAAUCGUACUCUCAACCAGGGUCGCGAGAUGCGGAGUGACUAUUUGCAGAGUCUUUGGAGGAGGCCGCACGAACAACCUGCGACGUCACAACCCGUUGUUCAGGAACCCAGCUUGCCCACAACCAGGCCCGGCCAGUCACCACAGACGACCCCCGCCGGACUCACAUCGUCUGGUAUCCUUCCUAACCAAAGCCCACAGUUGAUGAUGACGGCACCACCAUAUUCGCAAUCUCUCCACUCUCAGCAGCCCAUGGGCCAACCUCCAAUGCGAGCCAUGCCUCAGCCAUCGAACCAGAAGCAAACGAGGCCUCCUAGCCUCCCAUCUGGCCCAUCCAGCAUGUCGCAAGGCACUCCAGCGUACAACUAUGGUUCUCAAAACCCGAUGUGGGGACCUCAAACACCACAGGCUCCUCCGCAUUAUACGGGCUACACAACCCAAGCCCAGCAUUCACCUCAUCCCCAGCAAUCACCGGCUCCUCAACAACUACGCCACCCAAGCGGAACUCCUCAAAUGCAGCCAAACACCAUGCAAUAUCCAAGCAUGCAAGGGCUUUCCCACGGCUACCCGGCGCAGGGGCAGGGAAUGUAUCCUCCCGAGCAGACUCCUAGGCAGUUCAUGCCACAGAACCCAAGUUCCGCUCCUACUGUCACAUCAACGUGGACUAAUCCUCCAACUCCGGCUGGGAGCAACUGGUGGCCACAGUAG